AUGAGCACGGACGACGAGAGCAAGUCGCAGCCGCCGCCGGCGUUCGACCUGGCGCUGCAUGUGCGGUACCUGGUGGGGCUCAAGAACAAGAAGGAGGACUUCGAGUCCUGCAUGACGGAGCACAUGCGCGUGAGUGGCCUCUACUGGGGUGUGGGGGCCAUGGCGUUGCUCGGUCGUGAGGAGGCCAUGGACCCCGCCGAGAUCGUGGAGUGGGUGCUGCAGUGCGAGCAUCCAGAUGGAGGCUUCUCGGGCAACAUUGGGCAGGACCGUCACCUGCUCUACACGCUGCACGCGUUGCUGGUGCUGGCCAUGCUGGGCGCGCUGGACCACAUCAAGCGCGAGGAAUGCGCGCAGUACGUGGCGUCGCUGCAGCAGCCCGACGGCUCAUUCGCCGGCGACGAGUGGAAGGAGAUCGACACCAAGUUCACGUACUGCGCGCUGUCAGCGCUUAAGAUCCUGGACAAGCUCGACCUGGUGGACGUUGAGGGCGCCAUGGCCUACAUCGACACGUGCCGCAACUUCGACGGCGGCUUCGGUAACAUCCCGGGCUGCGAGUCGCACGGCGGACACAUCUUCACGGCGGUGGGGGCGUUGUCGCUCGGAUUCGCACUGGAGCAAUACGUGGACGACGAGCUGCUCGGAUGGUGGCUCUGUGAACGACAGUGUGACUCGGGAGGACUCAACGGCCGACCCGAGAAGCAGGCGGAUGUGUGCUACAGUUGGUGGAACAUCUCGUCGCUCAUCAUGAUCGGCAAGCUCGACUGGAUCAGCAAGGAGAAGCUCAUCCAGUUCAUUUUGGCGUGUCAGGACCCGGAAGACGGAGGAAUUGCCGACCGUCCUGGAAACGUGGCAGAUGUGUUCCACACGUUCUUCGGCAUCGCCGGACUGUGCAUGCUCGGCUACUUCAAGCGUGAGAAAGAGGCUCACCCAGAGUAUGAAGGGAUUCGACAGAUUCACCCGACGUUCGCUAUCCCAACGGACAUUGUAGAGAAGCUGCAGCUGACUGCAGACAUUAUCAUGCCUGAGGUGGAGGAGGACUGA